GCACGGAAGCUGGAAAGGAUCAAAAAGGACGAAAUCAGCUGCGAAACCACAGCGAAACCGGCACAAUCAACUGUAGAUUUGGCUUCGCGGCUUUUUGUAGUUUAGAUAGCUUCCGGUUCCUAUUUUUCGGUUUGUUAUUAAUGGUUAUUUAUGGUGGAACUUGGAAGACCUUCUUGCUUGUGUUUCCAUUUCGGUCUUUUCUUGGUAUUUUGCAGUGAAACGUUUUGACUGCUUUGCCCUCUCCCCUCUCCUGUAUAUGUCAAGAAUAGUUGGAUAGAAAAGUCAAACAGGGUAACUUUUUAAGUACACAUCUUGGGCGAGGAGAUUGGCAAACAACCGCAGAGGAUUGAAUUAGGAUUUUUAAUUUGUGUUUUGGGUAGGGCGAGGGGAAUAACUGGGGCAGAUAACAUCAGCUGACAUGAGUAUUUCAUUUGAAAAUCCCAUUGUUGGUGAUAUAGGUGGAGAUCAGGAAGAUUCUUUAGGGGCUUCACCACCCCAAAAGAAGCACAAGCUUGAUGAUAAAGAAUGCCAUGGUGCCAAGGAGAAGGAAAAGGAGAUGCCAACAUCAGAAAAGGAUUCCUGUUGUUCAAAUGAAAUUUUUACCAUUUCUGAUGAGCAAUUUGAGAAAUUGAAGUUGGACUAUUGCCCCGAAGGGGUCGAAGAGAUUGAUCAAGAUGUAUGGACCAAGUAUUUUAAAGAGAUCGAGGAGAGUGAGGGUUUUGACAUUUAUCAUUAUCCUGGUCUAUGUUUGAUGGCUCGAUUUACUCCCCUGGAUGUUGACAAUUUCUCGAGCGACAUGGCUGAACUGUCAAAAGCUGCAAUUGUGCAUUUCAACAAGGAAAAAAUUAAGAAUUACAAAUUGGAAAAGGUUGAGAAGGCAAAUGCACAACUUGGCGGUGCUGGUGUCAAUUACUACAUAACCUUUCAAGCCAAGGAUUUUGUUACUAAUGCUUUUGAUACCUUCCAAGCCUUAGUCUGGAACGGGUGGAAUCCAGAAUCUAUUGAUGUGCAAUUCUGCCGGCUCAAAUCAGUUCCUGCAACUUGACCUAUGCUGUUCCAGGGUUGUCAUAUAGUGAAAUCUGGUCUUGACAUGAAAACUACGGUUGGCAGUUGACUAAUAUGCUGGUUCUACAAUCAUCAGAGUUCUAGUCUAUGAGUCUGUUAAGUUGACAUAUGGUUUUUGCUGGGUGUAAUCAUGGGCAUGCUACAUGCAUGUUUUGAGGCUUGAUGUGGGUUUGAUUUUGUUGUUGUUGCAAUCUUUAUGCAAAGCAACAAUUAUUGUCUUGGCUGCUGCUAUACAUUGACUUGUUAUGGAUGUGGGAUAUUCAGCUCUGUCUUUCAAAAACUUCAAAUUUGUUGCCUAGUCCGAACCCUUUGUUGCUAUUGAAUAUGCUAUUCUUGGAUGCAAAGGUAAUUUAGGUGUGGUGGGGAGGCUAUUUUGUCACUUUGUUGCAGAUAAUCUGUACUUCAUUUUUUCUGGUGAUUUUAGUUUGCGAGGGACUCGAAUAGGCAUAACAUGUUGUGUAAUGUCUUGUUUUUCUGGUGUGGCAUAAUAUAUAUGUUCUGAUUACAAGUCAACUUUGUUGCAUAACUACACAUGCUAUUGGAAUUAAAGAUUGCUACUUUUCACAAUCAUCAAGGUUAACUGGAAAUGUUGCUUGGCAUUUUAGUAUGUGUUUCAUAUCUCACAUGUUGCUUGAUUUUAGCAUUUCGUUCCCAUAUAAUCUGGUAGUAAUGCUGCUCAUGCAAUGUACAUAUUCUAAUUAAGGCGCAAUUUUAAGUUUUUGAGUUUAUUGUUUGUGAUGUUUCCAAGUUUGUAAAGUGCAUUAUAUAUAUAUAUUUUUUGUUUGUGGACCUUUUUGUGUUUCAGUUUGUUCUUUUAGCUUAUGAAUUCUUGUUCAGUUGCUGCGUUCAUUUUGGUGGCUGUAAUAUCACAAAUCUACAGGUGCCCUUUUUGCUUUUAGAAGAAAUGUAUCCUCGCAAACUUUCUGAAACUAAAAUUUCUCAUCUGCAAUCAACUUUAAGGUUAUUAAAGGAGUUUAAAGACUUAAAAGAAAAUUUAUGUGAAUUGAUAGGCCAAUUAUGUUCUGCAAGUAUAAAUGAAGUUUGAUGAGCUUCAAAGAUCCAUGUUUACUAACUUGGUAUUCAACUUUAGAAUCUUUGAGUCCACUGCCAACAACAUUGAACCAAAAGAUAAGUGAAUUUGACAAGCCUGUGAAUGUGAUUUUGGAUCCCUGCAGACUGUAGAAUAUGCCUCUCUGCUAGAAUUUAUUAGCAAAACCAAGUAUGGGAGAGGUUUAUCGCAUGUAGCUAAACAUUUAUGCAGAAUUUGUUUGUUUCAAUCCUGUGUUGAUAUGCUCCUCUAAGAAGGGUAGUGUGUUGUAUAUAUUGUCUUGGCAAAAACUCACUGGAUAAGAUAAUUAGGGCAGAGGCUUAUGAUCUAUAGCUAAAGUUUUAAGAACUGGGCAUAUUUGAUCCUAUGAGGAGGACGGUUGGAUUUAUUAGUUACUUUAUUCAACUUGACAAAAUGCUUUAGCUGCAAUCUUGUGGCUGCCUUGAUUGUCAAGUAAGGCCUUGCCCGUACUAGUUCUAUGGUAAUUCUUGGCACCUGGCCAGUUCUCUUUCCGAGUCGAUGAUAAACAAGUUGAAAUUGUUGUUGUUUAAUAAAUGUCAUUCACAGGUUUUCUGUUAAACGUGCAGGUUAUGGAGAUUGUUCCAUAUCGCACUAUUAGUUUGCUUCUUUUUAGCUGAUAUAGAUGACUAAUGUAUGUAAGAAAUAGAACUUUGUUUGAUGAAGUUAGAUGGCUGCUGGCUGAAGCAGAUUGCUGCUAAGGUUCUUGAACUUAGUAACAGGAGACUUGAUUCGUGACAAAUUUGGCUGUCAUGUAAGUUCUGUAUGUGGCACCAAAUCUCACCUUGGAUGCUGGAUGACACACUUUGUGCUGUUGAAGUUCUUGAACUUCGAUUAUGACUUGAUUUUGCUGAUAACUGGUUAUUUUACUUAAAGUGUGUGGGAUUACAUUCAACGGGCUGUGUUAGUCUGUCAACGUUGCUACACAUUUUGCUAUUGGGCAUUCUAGAUCGUAUUACAUGUGAUUUUGCUUUUACUUGGCUAUCUUGAGAAGUGGAUGAUGUUUUAAUUGUUUUUAGGAGAUUAGGAAAAUUUGUUGGAUUGGGAAACAUGUGAGAGCACAAAUCUUCCAAGGAAGAAAUGAGUGCCCUGCAGUUCUCAAUUCAGAUUUAGCCAAUGAAGUCUCUUUCGAGC